AUGGCCGGCAAGACUCGUGGCACUGUCCGUUGGAAUGAUAACCGUGGCCCUGCCCCGAACGCAUGGGGCUCAGCCCCGAGUUCCGGAACCGCGUCUCCGGCUGAACCCAGCAAUGACGACUCAAGUAAUGGCAAGAAAGGAAAGAAGAACAAGGGAAAGCAAACCCUGUUCCACUUUGGCUGA